CACGGCACAUUCGUUCACGUACUGCACGUUCUCAUAACAAUAAUAUGAUGACGUCAUCACCUUAUUAUGACGUCAUCACCUUAUUAAGACGUCAUCAACACCUGUCGAAUUCAAGUAAUGGCCGAUACAGAUGAACGGCACACGAACACUUCAUCACAGGAUAUGACCGACACCUAGGGUUGGAACUAGAACAUGUUGGCCACAAUCUUCAUGUGAACAGAUAAUGCCACACUUUUUAAUCAUCCUAUUGGGCUUCAGUUUGAUCACAGCGCAAACACGAGGGUUGGUCCAGUGUUUUAACUGCACAACGACAGAAGACGUGGGAUGUAAAGACCCCUUCGACACCGAGGGGCGGAUGUCCUACACGUGUCGCCAGGGACAGGCGUGCUUCAAGGUUACCACAGGAGCUCAAGUGACCAGAGGUUGCAUGGCCCACUCCGUGGGGCGCAAUCCCGCCAGGCAGCUGAGCGAGGAGGGGGCCACCUGCUACACCGACAUCAUCAGCCCUACAUUCCAGGAGAGGACUAUCUGCACGUGCGGUGACGACCUCUGCAACACCGCUGUAAACGUAGUCUUCCCUAACGCAGCUGCAGCUGUAGCCGUUGUAACUUCGCUGGUCGUCCCACUUGUCAUCCUCUAACAGUUCAUCUGCAGUGUGUACUGGGACGCAGUGACGGCAGUGUCUGACUGUGUGGGUGGCCAUCUUCUACAACAUCACCUACAGUGUGUCCUGGGGCAGCAGUGACGGCAGUAGUGAUGGCAGUGUCUGACUGUGUGUGUGGCCAUCUUCCACAACAUCACCUACAGUGUGUCCUGGGGCAGCAGUGACGGCAGUGUCCGACUGUGUGUGUGGCCAUCUUCUACAACAUCACCUACAGUGUGUCCUGGGGAAGCAGUGACGGCAGUGUCUGUCUGUGUAGGUGGCCAUCUUCUACAACAUCACCUACAGUGUGUCCUGGGGCAGCAAUGACGGCAGUGUCUGUCUGUGCGGGUGGCCAUCUUCUACAACAUCCCCUACAGUGUGUCCUGGGGCAGCAGUGACGGCAGUGUCUGACUGUUUGGGUGGCCAUCUUCUACAACAUCACCUACAGUGUGUCCUGGGGAAGCAGUGACGUCAGUGUCUGUCUGUGUAGGUGGCCAUCUUCUACAACAUCCUCUACAGUGAGUCCUGGGGCAGCAGUGACGGCAGUGUCUGACUGUGUGGGUGGCCAUCUUCUACAACAUCCCCUACAGUGUGUCCUGGGGCAGCAGUGACGGCAGUGUCUGACUGUUUGGGUGGCCAUCUUCUACAACAUCCCCUACAGUGUGUCCUGGGGAAGCAAUGACGGCAGUGUCUGUCUGUGUAGGUGGCCAUCUUCUACAACAUCACCAACAGUGUGUCCUGGGGCAACAAUGACGGCAGUGUGUCUGUGUAGGUGGCCAUCUUCUACAACAUCACCUACAGUGUGUCCUGGGGCAGCAAUGACGGCAGUGUCUGACUGUUUGGGUGGCCAUCUUCUACAACAUCACCUACAGUGUGUCCUGGGGCAGCAAUGACGACAGUGUCUGACUGUUUGGGUGGCCAUCUUCUACAACAUCCCCUACAGUGUGUCCUGGGGCAGCAAUGACGACAGUGUCUGACUGUGUGGGUGGCCAUCUUCUACAACAUCACCUACAGUGUGACCUGGGGCAGCAGUGACGGCAGUGUCCGACUGUGUGGGUGGCCAUCUUCUACAACAUCCCCUACAGUGUGUCCUGGGGAAGAAGUGACGGCAGUGUCUGUCUGUGUAGGUGGCCAUCUUCUACAACAUCACCAACAGUGUGUCCUGGGGCAACAAUGACGG